AUGCUUGCUUUUGCUGUUCCUUGCUUUGCUCGUGGCAUUCCCACAGAAGAUAUAGACUAUAAAGGUCCACACAUGCACCCACAACCUCCUCCAUCAUCGCUUAAUAAGUUACUAGAAGACAUCGAUUAUAAAGGUCCUCGCACACAUCCACAACCUCCUCCACCACCACUUGAAAAGUUACUAGAAGACAUCGACUAUAAAGGUCCUCGCAUACAUCCACAACUUCCUCCACCAUCGCUUGAUAAGUUAUUAGAAGACAUCGAUUAUAAAGGUCCUCGCACACAUCCACAACCUCCUCCACCGCGGCUUGAUAAGUUCCUAGAAGACAUCGACAAUAAAAGUCUUCGCACAUAUCCACAAUCUUCUCCACCACCACUUGAUAAGUUAUAA